AUGCAAGGGACAGCGAAAUUACAUCCAUCCGGGUCUAUAAUAAAGCAAUACCUUAAACCCUUCAUCCUUCGCAUACAUCCCGACUUUUUUCAUAAAUACCCAAGAGAAAAACGGAUAAACGCCGCAUCCUUACAAAAACUUUAUGAGGUUAUUGGUCCUCUUAUUCCUAAACGCGCUGUUAGCACAUCACAGAUAAAUGUAGACUCCAAGGUAGAAUUAGAAUUUCAUUAUAAACACGAAGACGAGCUGAAAAAAGUUCAAUGCAGUAUUGCGACUCCAAGGCCAUACAACCGUAGCUUUGCGUUAUGGCAAACGACGUACGAUUUCUUAUCACUAUGUCAUCAAGUUGGAGUUCACAUUGACACGCAAGUUUUCGAUCAAGUCGAACAACAAUUGGAAGAAUUCACCAAAUAUAAAGGAAUUAAUCAAGGGAAAUCCCUUCGCGAGAUCUUUGUUGAAGAAUUGAAACAAUCGUUGGCAUUAGACCAGACAUCUACUGCGUCGAUCCGAAAUAAAACAAGACACGAUCAUGAUCAAUGGUUGCUAAAUGAAUUUGCUGAUUCAAACCAGUUAUUGUUCUUUGGCGAGUCAUUAUCCCAAGAACAGAAAUUAAUCUUUAUGAACACUGCUUACAAUUAUCUUUUGAAUAACAAAAUAAAAGAGACUUGGUGGAAUAAGGUACCCGUUAUUGUGAUCAAUGCCAGGGAGCAGAGCAAUUUCAAAAGCGGUGUAAUCGUAAUGAAUUAUGAUAUAACGGAAGAAGAUUUGGCCGAGUACUUGAACCAGAACCUUAAACGUAUACGUCUGGAAUAUCAGGAUAUUGUUGCUAAGAAAUUGCAGCGACAGUAA